UGUUUGGAGUGUGUCUUUUUCUCCUCGUCCUCCGCUGAUUGUGAUUCGGAACCCGUCAGUCCAAACAUGUCGGCUGAACGUUUCGGGACGACACCUGAGCAGAGCGAUGAAGCUGAGUCUUUAGAUUUAGGUCGUGAUGAGGAGGAUUACGGUUGUAAUAUCCACAAGAGACAAACCAGAGUUACCGUCAAGUACAACAGGAAGGAGCUGCAGAGGCGCCUGGACGUGGAGAAAUGGAUCGAGGACAAUCUGGACCGACUCUACUCGGGUCAGAAGGACGACAUGCCGGAGGAGGUGAACAUUGACAACCUGCUUGACCUGCCAAACAAUGAAGAACGAGUCAGCAAGUUAAAGGAGCUUUUGAAAAACUGCAAUAGAAACACAGAGACCUUCAUCACAGAGCUGGUGUCAAACCUGGAGGGAGUUCACAAGCAGGAUGAGCUGCAGAGUGAAGGCAUCGAACAUCCAGUCAUCUGCCACAGCCACUAUCGCCACGAGCCCUACCACUUCAGCAACCCGCAUCGCCGCCACCAUCAGCAGCACCCCGCCGAAGAAAACGACCAGACGCUCUGACACUGAACAACGCUCUCAUCAUCAAAAACAUCAAACGUGACUCCAGUUCAUCACUCACAGUGCCGAUAAAAACACUAAACCCACUGGACGUUUUUUAACAAAUUGGUUUAAAAAACCUCUUUUGUGUCAAAGCAAAACAGAUUUCUGUCAAGUGUUUUAAUGUAAUUAAAAAUCUAUGACACAAUG